AGUGACAAAUAAAUAUUGAAAUAAGCAAGGUUUAGCGAGGUUAUGUUUUGUGUGGCGAAAUUUAUUUAAUUAUGAAAUAAAUAUGUUUUUACAGUAGUGAUUAAAACAAUUUUUGUGUCUAGUGCAAACAGUAAUCAUGUCUUUACCCCAAAAAAAAUAUUACAGACAGCGGGCGCAUUCUAACCCUAUCGCUGAUCAUUGUUUUGAAUACCCUGCGCAUCCUGAUGAGUAUGAUUGGUCAGAACUGUACCCCAUUGUAAAACAAGGGGAGAAAAGGGUUGAAUUUCUCGAUGUGGGUUGUGGCUAUGGAGGGUUGCUUGUUACACUGUCUUCUAUGUUUCCGGAAAAUUUAAUGUUGGGUCUUGAGAUUAGAGUAAAAGUAUCAGAUUAUGUUAAUGAUCGCAUUAAAGCAUUACGAUUGCAAAACCCAGACCAAUAUCAAAAUGUUGCUGUGCUGAGGACUAAUGCUAUGAAAUAUCUGCCAAACUUUUUUCAUAAAGGACAGCUUCAAAAAAUGUUUUUCUUGUACCCUGACCCACAUUUCAAGAAAGCAAAACACAAGUGGCGUAUUAUCAAUAAGUGGUUGUUAUCUGAAUAUGCAUAUGUAUUGGCUGAGCAGGGUAUUGUUUACACUAUAACUGAUGUGAAGGAUUUGCAUGAAUGGAUGGUUACACAUCUAGAUGAACAUCCUUUAUUUGAGAGAAUUCCUGAGGAACAGUUGAAAGCUGAUCCAAUAGUGGAAAAACUUUACGAGAGUACAGAGGAAGGUCAGAAGGUAACAAGAAAUCAAGGAGAAAAGUUUUUAGCUGUUUAUAGGAGAGUAUCGGAUAACUGUGUCUAGUGAAGCUCAGUAAAACUAUUGAUGUAAUAAAAAGAUUUUUACUUA